UAUUGUGUCAAACUCUUAGAAUGUCAUCUCUAUAAAUACAAUACUAUCCUUAGCUAAUUCCUCAAACCAUUGAAUACUUACAAAGAACAUAAUAGUUGUGAAAAUAUGACUUUUACUUUAGGACAUGCAUUCUCUCGUAUACUAAUCUUUGUAGGUUCACUCUCAAUACUACUAAGUACCCGUUCCUCUUGUUUUAAACCCAAAAAACUUGUUACUAUUACUUCGAACUUCUCAUCUGAUUUAGAUUCGUCAUCUUCAUUGGCUACUUGGUAUGGACCUUCUGAGGGUGAUGGGAGUGAAGGUGGUGCUUGUGGAUAUGGAAAAGCUGUUGGCCUGCCUCCAAUCAAUUCUAUGAUAUCCGCUGGAAGCCCAUUCAUCUUCCAAGAAGGCAAAGGAUGUGGCUCUUGUUAUCAGAUUAAGUGCACAGGAAAUUCCGCAUGCUCAGGAAACCCUGUGACGGUAGUUAUCACUGAUUUGUGUCCUGAGUGUAGUCAUUAUUUUGAUUUGAGUGGUAAAGCUUUUAGUUCCAUGGCAAUUUCAAGUCAAGUUGACAAGCUACGGACAGCUGGGAAAGUAGCUGUUGAAUAUCAAAGAGUUGCAUGCAACUAUCCUGGAGUACCAAUAACUUUUCGUGUGGAUCCUGGAUCUAACCAACAAUAUUUUGCUAUUGUAAUUGAAUACGAAGAUGGAGAUGGUGAUCUCAAAACAGUUGAGCUCAAAGAAGGACUUGGCUCAGCAAAUUGGGAAGCCAUGCAACGAUCAUGGGGUGCUGUUUGGAAACUUGACAAAGGAGCAUCACUAAGAGCACCAUUUUCUAUUAGGCUAACUACAAUUGAGUCUGGAAAAAUAUUUGUGGCUAAUAAUGUGAUCCCUGUAGGUUGGAAGCCUGGUCAGAUUUUUAGAGCAGUUGGAAAUUUUAAUUAAAUCUAAAAUAUAUAUCAAGUUGGAAAUUUUAAUUAAAUCUAAAGUAUAUAUCAAGUCAUCCUAAAUGGAUUUUGAAUUGUAUUAUGAAACUAAUUACGAAUAAAUUAGGUUUAAUAUUGUGUCAA